AUGGGUCAGACCUGUGAGGGCAGCCCCAAUCGAGACAGUGCGGUGUACACCUCAGUAUACGGUGCCCGUCCGGUCUCGGUGCUCUCACGGGGCCGUCCUGCCAACCCCGCCACCCUUGGUGCCUCGGGGCGCAGCGGUCUCCAGCGGGUCUCUGGCGCUGUGUCUCCCAGACGCUGCGUCAGGCUCGCUCCCUCUGAGGGGGGUCCAAGAGCAAUAGUAGAGAAGGGCUACAGAAUCCAGUUCGGUUCUCGUCCCCCACGCUACAACGGGGUGUUGCUCACAGUAGUGCAUCCCGAGCAGGCUCUGGUCAUGGAGCAAGAAGUGAAAUCUCUUUUAGCGAAAAAUGCUAUAGAGCAGGUGUAUCCUCCCGACAGGGCAUCGGGUUUUUACAGCCGUUAUUUCAUUGUUCCAAAAAAGGAUGGAGGGCUGCGUCCCAUUUUAGAUCUUCGUCUGUUGAAUCAGGACCACUUUUCUUGGGGUGGUAUGGGAUUCGGUCACGAUGCGAGCCUCUCUUUCGCCCGCUCGUGUAGCCAACAUCCUCGCAGCCACUUCGGAGCUAAAGCUAGGCCAGUCACGCACUGGGGGUCUGCGCUCGCGCCCACUCUGCAAAUUAGCGCACCAGAUCCUCCUGUGGUCUCUGGGGAAAUUACGCUCUCUGAGGGCGAUGUAUAUACCAGGGACUCAGAAUAUUGGAGCAGACACCCUGUUGAGGCAGGUGCUGAGGCCAGGGGAAUGGAGGCUUCACCCGGAGGUGGUGGAGCUCAUAUGGGAAUGUUAUGGCCAAGCAGAAGUGGAUCUGUUCGCUUCUCAGUACACGACGCACUGUCCACUAUGGUUCUCCCUUACUCAUCCAGCCCCCCUGGGGUUGGACGCUAUGGUACAGACGUGGCCGAGGCUACGUCUGUACGCCUUUCCCCCUGUUGCUCUGCUCCCAGGAGUUCUGGAGAGAGUCCGCCAGGACGGAGUAAGUCUACUUCUCGUAGCUCCACACUGGCCGAGUCGAAUCUGGUUUGCGGACCUGAUUCAUCUCCUCGACGGUUCUCCCUUGGAGAUCCCGAUCAGGAAAGACCUUCUAUCUCAGGCCGGGGGCACUAUAUUUCACCCCCGGCCAGAGAUUUGGAAGCUUUGGGUGUGGCCUCUGAGGGGGCGCAACUCAUAGAGAGUGGUCUCUCAACUGAGGUUGUGGAGACCAUUCUUAGCUCCAGAGCUCCAGCUACGAGGAAACUUUAUAGACUCAAAUGGAAUGUUUUUUCUUCUUGGUGUUACCAACAUCAGUGUGACCCCGUCCACUGCUCUGUUGGCUCAGUUCUUGAGUUUUUACAAGACCGCUUCGCUUCUGGUCUAUGUCCAUCCACCUUAAAAGUUUACGUGGCGGCCAUCUCGGCUUUCCACGCCCAAGUGGGUGGUGCAUCUCUGGGUCGAGACCCUCUUAUCUCUCGUUUCCUUCGUGGCACCUUGAGGCUGAGACCUGCAACUCGUUCUAGAGUGCCGGCCUGGGACCUGGCUAUAGUUUUAGAAGGCCUUUCUAGGGCUCCGUUUGAGCCCCUAGAUUUGGUCUCUGAGAAGUUUCUUUCGUUUAAGACUACUUUUCUCCUUGCUAUUUCGUCCCUUAAAAGAGUCGGAGACCUUCAGGCUCUCUCGGUUUCUCCCACCUGCCUUGAAUUUGCACCUGGGAUGGUCAAAGCAUUUCUCUACCCGAAGCAGGGAUACGUCCCUAAGGUACCGACCGUUGUUCCGAGACCUAUUGUUCUGCAGGCUUUCUGUCCUCCCCCGUUUGCAUCGUCGGACCAGGAAAAGUCUAACCUCUUGUGCCCGGUGCGAGCAUUGGACACUUACGUUCAUCGGACUUCUUCUUUUCGGAAAUCCGAUCAGCUGUUUGUUUGUUUCGGGUCACCUAAGAUAGGUCUUCCUGCCACUAAACAGACACUUAGUAAGUGGAUAGUUGGGGCUAUCCUUCUUGCCUAUGAGUCUUCUGACCUACCGUGCCCUUUGGGGGUCAGAGCUCAUUCUACUAGGAGUAUGGUGGCCUCUAGAGCCUUAUUAUCUGGGGCCUCUCUUCAGGAUGUUUGUGAUGCGGCAGGCUGGUCCUCGCCACUCACAUUCGUCAGGUUUUAUAGCCUAGACCUGGACGCUACUCCCGGGUCUCAGGUUUUUAAUUCUAGAGGCGUUGGGUUUUCUGUCUGACACUCAGGCACUUGUAAUAUGGCGGUUUGGGUAUUCUCGUUCCCAAAGCGUUAUCGACGCAUCGUCUCUCCCUCGAUGGGGAACGUCUCGGUUACGUCUGUAACCUCGGUUCCCCGAGAAGGGAACGAGACGAUGCGUCUCCCUGCCAUACUUCCUUCAUUCCUGUGAUCGACUUGCUUCGGCACUGUCGAAGCUAACACCGGUUGCUCCGGUUGGGGUUUUUAUCAAUUCCUGGUCGUGACGUCACUCCUGACGCUCACUCUCGCCAUUGGACUAGUUGACAUGGAUGCUUCAGACGCACUCACGCAGAAUGCGUUCCCAAAGCGUUAUCGAC